UUUUAAUGGCCGUCGAGUUGUGUGUUUCUUCUCUCCGGCGCUUAUAUGAGAAGAGAGAAAAUCUCAUUUCUCAGUUCUCGAUAGGAUAGGAUUUCCAGGCUUUUCAGUUCUUGAAAAAGCUGCAAUCUUUCUUCUUCAUCUUCCCCUGCGCUAUAUAAACCCUUCGCUUCUAAAUCACUCCCACCCUGCUCUGCUCUCGGCCACCAUUUUUUCUAGUCUAGAGUAUAAUAUAUACUUUGCAGAUUAAAAUUUGGGAAGGCCGGAGAUGGCGGCGGCGGCGGUGGUGCGAGAUUACGACCCCAAGAACGACUGUAGAGCGGUGGAGGAGGUGGAGAGAAUAUGCGAAGUCGGCCCCACCGGCGGCGGCAAACUCUCCAUCUUCACUGACCUUUUGGGUGACCCAAUUUGCAGAGUCCGAAACUCCCCCGUUUAUAAAAUGCUUGUUGCCGAGGUGGUCGUGCAAAAAGACGGCGGCGAAUGGCGGCGGGAGAUUGUGGGGAUGAUCAGAAGCUGCAUAAAGACUGUGACUUGCGGGAAGAAACUGCCCAGAAAUGGAAAAACCAGUCAUCCUCUUCCGGUUUACGCCAAAGUUGCUUAUAUCCUGGGCCUUCGAGUCUCUCCUUUUCACCGGAGAAUGGGAAUUGGGUUGAAUCUGGUGACGAAAAUGGAGGAAUGGUUUAGAGAAAAUGGAGCCGAGUAUUCAUACAUGGCUACCGAGAACGAUAACCAAGCUUCUAUUAAUCUCUUCACUCAUAAAUGCGGGUAUUCAAAGUUCCGGGAACCGUCGAUCCUGGUUCAGCCCGUGUUCGCUCACCGAGUUCGCGUUUCGGGCCGAGUCACCAUUAUAAAGCUGAGUCCCGGCGACGCGGAGGUGUUGUACCGGAGGAGGUUCUCGGCGACGGAGUUUUUCCCGCGGGAUAUCGAUUCUGUUUUGCGGAAUAGUUUAAAUUUAGGGACGUUUCUGGCGGUGCCGAAGGGGGGGCGGGAGGCGUGGCGGGGUUCGGAGGAGUUUCUGGCGGCGCCGCCGGAGUCGUGGGCGGUGCUGAGUGUGUGGAACUCGAUGGCGGUGUUCAAGCUGGAGGUGCGCGGCGCGUCGAGGAAGCUGCGGGGGUUCGCGAAGACGACGCGGCUACUCGACCGGGCUUUCCCGUGGCUGCGUUUGCCGUCGGUGCCGGAGGUUUUCCGGCCGUUUGGGCUGCAUUUUCUGUACGGGCUCGGCGGGGAAGGCCCAUUGGCCGUGGAGUUCAUCACCGCCCUUUGCGGCUUCGCCCAUAACAUGGCGAAGCAGCGCGGCUGCGGCGUGGUGGCCACGGAGGUGUCCGCCGCCGACCCGCUCAGGUUAGGAAUCCCCCACUGGAAAACACUAUCGUGCGCCGACGACUUGUGGUGCAUUAAACGCCUGGGGGAAGGCUACAGUGACGGGUCUGUAGGUGACUGGACUAAGUCACAACCUGAUCUCUCCAUUUUUGUUGAUCCCAGAGAAGUUUAAUAGAGGUUGUCACUUUCUAGCGGCUUUUCUCCAUUAGAGGUUUAACCAAAACAGCAAAAAAGCUAGAAGAAAGCUUGUCUUUUUGUCUUAGUGUUUAUUAAAUUAACGUUGUUUAGUCACAUUCUCGCUUUUCUUUUCUUGGCCGGGCCGGGGAAGAUUUUUGUCUCGAGGAAACAAGUGAAAAUAGAAGCUAAGGAAAAUCUCUUUGAGCUC